CUUCUAGCACCUCCAUGAUUGCCGUUCUUGAGAAUGGCCGGCGAUACUGUAACGGCACCUAUUUCAUGCCCAACGAUGGGCCCGAGCAAACCCGUCUGAACGUCAUCCAUCAGAUCUACCUUAUCCUACUGGACGGCCGUCUGACCGCCGCCCCCGUCGCCUUGGAUACACCGCGGAUGCGCAUCCUCGAUGUCGGCACCGGCCCGGGCGACUGGGCUAUCGAAAUGGGCACCGCCUACCCCGACGCCGCUAUAACCGCCUCGGAAAUCGGCGUCUUCGAGCACGGCCUCGGUCACGUCGGCCUCCCCAACGUGUACUUUCAAUUGGAUGACGCUCGUGACGAGUGGGCAUACACCGACGGCCCGUUCGAUCUGAUUCACUUGCGCGGCCUCGCUGGCGCCUUCCCGGACUGGCCCUUCGUCUGUUGGCAGGCCUUUCGGCACCUCGCUCCUGGGGGCUAUGUCGGGAAUGCCGACACCGACUUCUCUGCAGAUGCCGUGACCUCCAUCUCGGCCAAUUCCUACCUGCGCCUCUUCUCCGCCCUGCGCUCCGCCACUGACUCAACCGGAUAUCCGUGGGAUAUGAGCCAUCUCGGGUCCACGGUGCUGAGUGCGGAAGGUUUCGUCGAUGUCGAUGUCUAUGAAUACACGUUUCCCCUUGGCCUGGGGCCCGAUACCCCUCGCGAACGGACCUUGGGGAAGAAGGCCCUAGUUGCUCUCCUGGAGGGCCUGGAGGCCUUCAGCAUCCGCCCGCUUACGGCAACAUAUGGCUGAGUGGCGGAGGAGGUCCGAGAUCCUUGUGACCAAGUUAAGACGGAGCUGCUCAGGGGAGGUCUUCAGGUGACCGCACGGGUACGCAUUGUCACGGGUAGGAAGCCCCCAGCCCUGUAGCUGGAAUGUUGGACGAAAUGGAUAAAUACUCUGGAUUGCUUCACGCUGCCAGUUGACAUAUUAAAGUACGUGGAUGUACCGGGCAACUCCCGUGUCUAUUUUUGAAGAUUGACGUUCGGGUUGAAGGGGACCAGGUAUGAAUCCCUCUCGAGGGAGACCAGACCAGAUCGUGAUGUUUAUAUUUCUAUACACAAAACCAGAUAGUUGUGAUAUCUCCAUACCAUGGCAGACAGGCAAGCUAUACACGCGAGAAGAAAAAAAAUGAUAAAAAAAACCAGUCAACCAAUGAA